AUGUCCUUAAAAAUUCACAAUAAUAAUCUGUCCUUUUCAGAGAUGGAAUCCGCAAUUGACACAGUUUUGGAAUCACUAAUCAAGACGGAAGGUGUUAAAGGAGUUUUGGUAGCGGAUGCACAUGGUUUAUGCAUUGGAGCUCGAGGAAUAGCAAACCCAAAUUGUGCUGGAUUUGUCACAGCAAUUGCUACACAUGCGAAAGCCCUAAGUGAUGACCCAAAUUCACAAGCACCAACUACAAAGAUCGAAGCUGAUAAUUCGUAA